AUGGCACUCAUCCACUCUCCCAUGCUUCGGUUCUCCGACGACUUCUCUGCCCAGAUAAAAGAGCUCAUCGAGGAAUGCCAUGUGCCAGGACUUGCCUUGGCCGUUGUGCAAGGCGACGAGGUCGCCUCAGCUGGCUUCGGGAAGGCGACCCUCGAUCCACCAAGAGACUGCACCGCUGAUACGCUCUUCGACAUUGCAUCGGCUUCCAAGUCUCUCACCGCAGCCUCGGUGGCGCUUUUAGUCAACGACGAUGAAAAAUACCCCGAUGUCAAAUACGAUGCCGCCAUGUCGGCUCUUUUGCCAGACGACUUUGUCAUGCCCGGGAACGACCAUGACGACGUCACAGUCGAGGAUAUCCUGAGCCAUCGGACUGGAAUGGCGGCUCACGACACCUCAUACAUGAGCUGUGGCGCGCCCCAGCCAGACGAUGCGCGGUCCAUCACGAGAAACCUGCGAAACUUAGCAGUGGUAGCGCCUAAUCGAACAAAGUAUAUUUACUGCAACAUGAUGUAUACCGUGGCCAGUUAUCUCGUGGAGCGCAAAAGUGGGCUUGAUUUUCCGAGCUUCCUCGAGGAAAACUUCUUCAGACCUCUGUCUAUGGACUCGACCAACCUCCACCCAAGGCGCGCCAUUGACAAAGGCCUGGGCGAACGCAUCGCCGCUGGAUACGUUUGGGAUGAAGAGGGUGGCAAAUACAACGAAACCCCAUGGAGCGACAGCUUUGAGGCGCAGGGUGCCGGAUGUAUCAUCACGAGUGUAAACGACUACAUCAAAUGGGUCCAAGCGAUGGUGAAGCGAGAGGGGCCGAUAACGGAAGAUGUUUUUCGCGGGCUCACUGAGAAGCGGAUGCGACAAGACCAGUCGGGGAAUCAGGAGGAGAAUGAAGGAAUCGUGGAAGGCGCACCGGGGCCCCCCGCGUCUUCCCUGUACUACGCCGCUGGAUGGGAGGUUCGAGAAUAUCGCGGACACACGAUAGUUUCCCACGACGGGUCAGAAGACGGCUUCCGAUCAAAUCACUUCUUCCUACCGCAGAUCCAGUUUGGAGGUGUCAUCGUCGGCAACUCGGAUCGCGCAGCCGAGGUUGUGGAUAUUCUUACCGAGAAAUUGAUCAACAACGUGCUGCAGGUGGAAUCCGAGUCGGAGUCGACGUCGACGUCGGAAUCAGGAUCCGAGGCUGAAAGUGAUGGUAAAAGCUUGAGUCUAGAAGAUGAAUUGCGACAGGAGCUUUGCCCCGGCAUCGAUGGGACCCAGCCGCGGACCAGGCCCCUCAGCGACUACACGGGCAAAUACCGGAAUACUGGCUAUCGGACCAUCGAGAUUGGGGACAAGGACGGGGAGCUCUACGUCGACGCCACGGAUCGGUCCAUGGGCUACACCAUGACUUUCAACCACGUCUGUGACCAGACCAAGUUUAUCGCCUAUAUGAGCGAGAAAUUUGUCAAAGGCGAUUCCCCCGUCAAGGCCGAGUUCGUUUUCGAUGGUGAGAGGGCUGUCAAGGUUGGGAUUUGUUUGGAAGAAAGCCUCAAAGACUAUAUUUGGUUUGAGCGAGUGUGA